AAUUUGUUGUUCAAGAUGUCCCAGCAUUCUAUUUGCUAUCUACACAGACACAAAACUGCUGCUUACCAGGAGUGGGAGGACUACGGUGCGACACCAUAGACCCGUUGCUGGAUGACGGUGCUUUUGAUUUCGACCACGAGGUCAAAGCAACUUGUGACGUGAGCCUGCCGGGCUGGUUAGCCUCCACCUCCAUCAACCAUGGCAGAAGUCCUAGGAAUCGCUUCAUCCAUCACCACCCUCAUCGAAAACUCUCUUACCGUCAUCAAGUAUUUAAAGGACGUAAAAGACGCGCCCAGAGAACGUGAUGAGCUCUUACGAGAGCUUAAAAACCUCAAUUCAUUCCUCCUUUCCACGCGCGACGUCACUCGGAUACAGGUGGCAGGCGACCCAUGGGAUCCGUGGCUUGUGGUAAUACAGGACAUGAAGGAGCUCUUCGACCAACUUGAUGGGCUGAUUCUUGAAAUCAAGAAGAAGCUGAAGGCUUCAUCGCCUGUGUGGAAAAGGACAGCUGGAAGGUUCCGAUGGACGCUGACGAAAACGAGCGUUGAAAACAUUUUGAAUAAGAUUGAGCGCAUGAAAACCUUGAUCAUAAUCGCCAGACAACAUGACCAAUUUGCACUAUCUUGUGCGAUUGAAGCUCAACAAAAGCGCAAAGCUGCGGAAGCCAUAGCGGCAGAGCAACAAAGACAGAUGGACAGAAAGGCCGCGGAGGUAGCAGCGUCGCUCGUAUCUUUGGAUUACGAGGCCAUUCAAAGCCAUAAUCUGGCACGACGUUUUGGCAAUGUUGGACAAGCGUUCCUGGAGUCACCAAAGUUUCUGGCUUGGGUAAAUGGUCGCGCAAAGUCCUCUACUUUGUGGUGUCCUGGUGCUCCCGGUGUUGGAAAGACAAUUCUUGCCUCAAUGAUUGUUCACUAUUUGCGUGCCCGGGUCACUGACGAAGAUAUUCCAGUACUAUGCAUUUACGGAGAUUAUCGUAACGCGGAAGCUUGGACCUCGACAAGCAUAAUUCGUGCCCUACUGAAGCAGACGAUACAAGCUCAAGGAAGGCUCUCUUCCUCGAUUGAAUCCCAACUAUACAGGGAAUGUCAUAGAAGCCGAGGGUACCUUUCCCUUGACGACUCCAUCCUGUUUCUAACUUCCCAGAUGAGAGAAUCACCCUACGUCUACAUUGUGCUGGAUGCGCUGGAUGAGUUUGAGGGGGAUUACGAGGGUUGGCGAGGACUGAUUGCUAUUUUGAAGUCGUUAGGUGAUAAUAUUCGCCUUCUGGUAACUUCUAGGGUCUAUACCGACAUCCGGAAGCUGUUUGAGGAAGACGACCAUGCGAAGGUUCUAGUAGAUGAUGGGGAUAUCCAAAACUUCGUAAGGAGAAAGUUCAAUGUCCAGGGACAUCUCCACGAGCUUCUCAGGAAUCAUGAUGACCUGCGCAACAAGGCGCUUGCUGACAUUGUGGAAAAAGCCGGUAGCAUGUACGUUUUAGCAGAUCUACAACUGGGUAUACUCGCCCAUUGCAGAAAUUGUGCUGACCUUGCCGCGCAACUGGAAAAACUGCCACGAACCAUGACAAACGCAUAUAAGUCUUUCCUGGAAAGGCUCGAAACGGUCGAACCUAAUGUCGAGCACAAAGACUUUCUUUACCGAAUAUUCGGCUGGCUGGCGUUGUCUGAGCGUCCUUUGACCGUGUUGGAGUUGGAACAUGCAUUGGCUGUUGAACCAGGAUCCAAAAAACUCAACACCGAUAACAUUACAAGCUGUGAUUUUAUCACAAGUGCCUGCAUUGGUCUUGUCAUUGUUGACAACCAAGAGUGUCUGCGAUUUGGGCACCGAUCUGCUCAAGAGUAUUUCAGGUUGAACCAGACCAGCUUGUUUCCUCACAUCCAGGAAGACAUUGUGCGAACAUGCAUAACAUACCUGUCAUUUGAUGAUUUUCAUUCUUCUGAUUUCGCCAAUAGUACCGUCGCACUGGAAAGGUAUCCUUUCCUCAGAUACUCCCUGAAUCACUGGGAACACCACGUCAAGAAAUGUACGCAUGGCUUCAUGGAAGAGGAGAUCACCAGAUUACCCAAGUCUUUCCCCUCGUUCUCUGGGUUAUCUGUUGCGUCAUUUUCUCAGGCAGGUGUAGAGCCUGACUCAUAGCUCAGUCAUCCCUCCGCCGGGAGCAUGUGCGAUGGUAGAAUGGUGAGAAUUUGGCUACUGCAGAGUGACGGAAUAGCUAUUAUUGCUUAUUGGACAUUGUGAACUGACGGUGCUUGCGGAGGCAGAGCGAGAGACGAUUUCUAUA